CUGUGUUCUUGGGAACGAGGGCCCUCGUGGCCCGCGGUCCUCAGGGCGUGGCCGUGUCUGCAGCGACCACUUUCUUGCCCGAGCCCCAGUGCCACAGGCAAAGCCCACUCCCUCAGGUUCCCUCGGUGGCGCAAGGAUCACCGUGCUCGGGGGGCGUGACCUCCGGAAGGUCCCGCCCCGUCUGUGACGUGCCGGUGGCGCGCGGCGGGCCGCGGGUGUGGGAGGUGCCCGGGCCUGUAGAGACCCGGAGGCCCGGGCCGCCUUGCGACGCCCGCCAGUCGGCUUCUUCUGCUCCAUCUUUUCGGAGAAGCAGCGGCGACCUCGGCCUCCAGCUCGUCAAGGGAGAGCGACGCGGCGGCCGGGAUGGUGUUCCUGGGCUUGUUGCAGUCUGGCGGUUUGGUGCUGGGCCAGGCGAUGGAGCAGGUGACAGGAGGCAACCUGCCCUCCACGCUGCUUAUCGCCUGCGCCUUCACGCUCAGCCUGGUCUACCUGUUCCGCCUCGCAGUGGGCCACAUGGUACAGCUGCCCGCCGGGGCGAAAAGUCCGCCGUACAUUUUCUCUCCAAUUCCAUUCCUUGGCCAUGCAAUAGCAUUUGGGAAAAGUCCAAUUGAGUUCCUGGAAAAUGCAUAUGAGAAGUAUGGUCCUGUAUUCAGCUUUACCAUGGUGGGCAAGACGUUUACUUACCUUCUGGGGAGUGACGCAGCUGCACUGCUUUUCAAUAGUAAAAAUGAAGAUCUGAAUGCGGAGGAUGUCUACAGUCGACUGACGACUCCCGUAUUUGGGAAGGGGGUUGCAUAUGAUGUGCCAAAUGCAGUUUUUUUGGAGCAGAAGAAAAUGUUAAAAAGCGGCCUUAACAUAGCCCACUUUAAGCAGUAUGUUUCUAUAAUUGAAAAAGAAACAGAGGAAUACUUUCAGAGUUGGGGAGAAAGUGGAGAAAAAAAUGUGUUUGAAGCACUUUCUGAGCUCAUAAUUUUAACAGCUAGCCAUUGUUUACAUGGAAAGGAAAUUAGAAGUCAACUCAAUGAGAAGGUGGCCCAGCUGUAUGCAGAUUUGGAUGGAGGUUUUAGCCAUGCUGCCUGGCUGCUGCCAGGUUGGCUGCCUCUGCCUAGUUUCAGACGAAGGGACAGAGCCCAUCGAGAGAUCAAGAAUAUUUUCUAUAAGGCCAUCAAGAAACGCAGGCAGUCUGAAGAAAAAGUUGAUGACAUUCUCCAAACUUUACUAGACUCUACAUACAAGGACGGGCACCCUCUGACAGAUGAUGAGAUAGCGGGGAUGCUCAUCGGACUGCUGCUGGCAGGACAGCACACCUCCUCCACCACCAGUGCCUGGAUGGGCUUCUUUUUGGCCAGAGAUAAACCGCUUCAAGAAAAGUGCUACUUAGAACAGAAAGCCGUGUGUGGCGAGGACCUGCCUCCCUUAACUUAUGAGCAGCUGAAGGAUCUGAAUUUGCUUGACCGAUGCAUAAAAGAAACAUUAAGACUGAGACCUCCUAUAAUGACCAUGAUGAGGAUGGCCAGGACCCCUCAGACUGUGGCAGGGUACACCAUUCCUCCAGGGCAUCAGGUGUGUGUUUCUCCUACUGUCAACCAAAGGCUGAAGGACUCCUGGGUAGAACGCUUGGACUUUAAUCCUGACCGCUACUUACAGGAUAACCCAGCAUCAGGAGAGAAGUUUGCUUAUGUGCCGUUUGGAGCUGGACGUCAUCGUUGUAUUGGAGAAAAUUUUGCAUAUGUUCAAAUUAAGACAAUUUGGUCUACUAUGCUUCGUUUGUAUGAAUUUGACCUCAUCAAUGGAUACUUUCCUAGUGUGAAUUAUACAACAAUGAUUCACACUCCUGAAAAUCCAGUAAUCCAUUACAAAAGAAGAUCAAAAUGAAAAAGGAACAAGGAACCAGUGUGGGUUAAUGACUGCAAGCGGCAACUUGAGAGAGAAUGAAGCUUAUGAAACAGC